GUGCAGUGUGUUGGUUGCACAAAUUGUCAUUCGUAAAACAGAAAAGAAAAGCGUGCAAAAGUUAAUUAAUUGUAAAAUGGAGGUUGAACCUCAGCAGGAUGUGUGUUAUUGUAUAAAAAGAAUUUAGUUGCCGCUUAGUUAUAGGCAGUGCGAAAUUUCAUUAGGACAGAUAGAAAAAAGAUAAUCUACUUUCUUUUAUUAGAAGGGGGGCGAAAAGUUGACGUCGUAGUUUUGAACUAUGGUAUGAAAAAAUGGCGUACACAAAGUCGCAGCUGCCCACGAAUGACAGUGGCAGCUGAGUUGGCUGCGGAGAAGAAGAAUAUGUGAAUUGACAUUCGGCGAUUUCCGUUUUUAGAUUUUAUUAUGUUUCCUCUUCUCCGCUCUUCAAGUUUGUUUUUCUCUUUUGUUAUGGGUGAUUUUACAUUUUGUUUGCUGUGUGUUUUAUAAUGGCGGAGCUUAAAACAAAACCAACGAUUGAAAAUUUUUUACGUCGGAGAACAGCUGUUGUGUUGUUGAAUAGCAGCCGAGUAAAAAAAAAAUGACAACACCGGCGUAUAUUGAAAGAAAAUGGCGUUCUCUGCAUUAAUGCUGCUGCCGUUUUUUUAUCAUUUAUCCCUCUCUCCAAUGAUUAUUUUCUCCCAUGUUUUGUUUACUUUUUCAUAUUUUGUUUCGUUAAUAAUUAUUACAACGUUCCUUCUUGUAAGUGUUGAAUAUGAAUAUCAAAAUUAUAUCCACAUAAUUUACUUAUAUGCAUAUGUGCAUAUUAAAUUAUAGAAAGGUAACUUGUGGCAUACGGGCUUGCAGUUAUUUCAAUUAUCAUAAAUUUAAUACAUUGCAUUACUUAAGCUGUAAAAAUUUUGAAUAGCUGUAAUACCCAUAUAUUUGUAACUAUUAAAUGUUUUUAUAUCUCGGAAAUUCAUUUACUUUCUAACGCCUUGAAUUUAUUAGCCAUUCUUAUCACUAUUAAUUGCCAUGUAAAAAUGAGGGAUGCACGGAUUCUUUAUGCCAGGAAAUCAUAAGCUGUUGAACUCAAUGCGGAAGUUGAACAACAAGAAAGAAGGAGUGAACUUUCUGAGCGAGAUUUUCCUCGCAGGUUAUUCAAAAGCAAAAUAAACGGCUUCAUAAACAAAUUGCCAAUAUUUGCAUACUGUGCAGCAACAUAGAAAUAACUACAACCUAAAAACAUUGCGUUACAGUGUUAACGUAUCCUCUAUAAGAUCAGCUAUAUAGCUGAAUAUAGGGUAAAUAUAAUGUCGACACGCAAAACGCCAGCGGUUGCAACAAACGCGUCAGCGGCUGGAUCACAAUCCACAGCGUCAACAACGAAGUCGGAAAAUGCGACGACAAAAGUAGCAUCAGCAGCAGCUACAACAACAGCAAAGACAUCAACAAUAGCUGGUAUAGAAGCUGCACCAAGCACAACAAGUGUUAAAGACAAAACUGAAAUGGGCUCAAAUGCAUCCUCCAGCGCUAAUGCUGACGCUGAAAUGAAUGAUGUUUUGGAAUCGGCUAAGGAGACAGCAAAAACGGUGCGCGCCAAUAGUGAACCAAAGCGAAUAACUAGGAAUUCGCCGCUCUUGUUGGUAUCGCCUCCACCAUCGGGCGCCAUGAAAAAGGAAGCUUUGGAUUCUGAAUUAACAAAUAGUGAGAGUGAAGAUGGAAGUGCUAUGCGACGUUCAACGCAAAUUAAAGGUCGUAAAUCCUUAAAGGAGUGUAGGGAAAGAAAAUCGUCUUCCGACAAGGAAAAGAUUAAGGAGGAAAAUUCGGCUGAGGCCCACGAAACUGAAAAAUCGGCUAAAGAUGCUAAAGAUGUCAAAGAGAAAGACGUCAAAUCGGCAAAAGUUGAUAAGAAGAAAGAAGACGUUGAAACUGAGGAUAGUGCGAAGGAUAAUUCUCAAGUUAUCGAUAGCAGUACUACAACAUCUAUAACAGCAACAACAAAUAGAUUAACUAGAAAAUCCGUUGCGCAGGAAUUGGCGGCAAAUACAAGAGUUACACGUAAUCGGCAACCAAACACAACACGUCCUGAAACGCCUCCAACUACGACCAACGCUGCUAACGCUGCUUCGACACGACCACGUCGGUCAACAGCGGGCAAGAAAAACUCUAAUUCAUUAAACGAGUCUGGUCCAAAACGCAAACGCGCCGAUGAUGACAGUAGUGCACUUGAAACACCAGGCGGUAAAUGUAUCAAAGUCGAGCCGAAAGAUGAUUCCGAAGUCACAGAAGAUGAAUUGCCGCCGCCAACCAUAGACACAACGAAAAUUAAAUCUGAACCCGUCGAAAGUGAUGAAUCAGCAACAGAAGCAAGCACAACCGGAUCUGGUUCAAGCGUGACGCGCAGUCGAGGACGUUGGAAUAUGCGUAAGCCACAACAAACGUGCCUGCAAAGCUCACCAAGUACACGUGCCACACGUCACUCAAAAAACGCUUCACCCUCACCAUCACCAACUACAUCAACAACGUCAAGUGCCAGCGGCAGCAACGCUACCGAAGCCAAACGUAAACGUGCUAAUGUACAAACAAAUACUUUGAAACGCAGUUCAUCCUUGACACUCUUAAAGACUGCAGCAACAACAAGUAGCGGCAUAAAUCCAGCGGCUACACAACUUCAUGUACCUGACGAAGACUCAAAAGAUAGCAUGGCAUCAUCAUCCAUCGAUGAAUUGUCGGUAACAGAUAUAAAGUUGGAAAAGUUAACACCUGAUUUAGCUGAUGACAUUCAUAUGGACAUCGAGGCGGAGAAAAAUGUUACAAACCAUGCAAGUAGUGCUAUUGCUAUUGCCUUGCCACUCACCGUUGAGACAGACGAGAUAGAAGCAAAAAGAGAGUCAAAGGAUUUGCAGCCAACCACCACAGGCGUUGAAAUUAAGGAAAAUGUUGCAGAGAAAGGUCCUUGCACACCUUUGGCCAGCACCAGUAGCUCCUGCUCAGCAGACAAUGUUAAGGCAGCAUCACUGAGCCCGGAAAUGGUUAGUGAAGGCGUAAGCGAAAUUAGCGUUAAGCAAUUUUACAAAAAACCGAAAUUUCUUGAAAAUAAUUUGGGAAUUGAGGAGGAUCCCAAAUUGGGCGAAAUUGUACAAAAAGUAAGCACAGAAAAAGAAAAGGAGCAAGCCAAUGCUGUUGAAAAAACAGCAAUACAUCUCGUCGACAAAGAUAAAAUUUCACUAAUAACAAAAGAUAAGACGCUGACUGAUGAGAGCGGUGUAAUAUCGGAUGAGAGCGAUGAUAUGAAGGAAGGUGCCCUACGCAUAGAAGAGAGUGCUGAAGAGAAGAAAAAUUCUUGCAAUGAGGAUGCCAACAGUAUAAGCACGGAGAUUUUAUCACCUCUUGUAAUUGAGGACGAUGACGAAAUAGAAGAUAUUGAAAUAUUGGAGAGUGCGGCAACAAAUAUUAGUGAAAACCCGACUAAGAGCGAACCACAUAACUCAGACCCUGCAGAUAUAGAAAAUGUAGUUGAAAUUGAUGAUGAUGAUAUCACAAUGGAAGACAGCGAAACCAUAUCGAUGGAUAAUAAUCCUUCAGUGCAGGAAUCUUUAAUUGAUGAUUUGCAUGUUGAUCCAGAUAUGGAUCAUGACGGCGAGCAAACGGAAAACAAAAUAGAUAUGUGUGUCUUAGAGGAAAAUGAUGAAGAAAUUAAUGAAAAGACUAAAACUGAAUGUGAUAGUAUACAAGCCAAGCUUAAAGUUGAUAAUGAAAAUAUUAUUGAAACUAAUGAUGAAGUCGAAGGUGUUGAAAAUAAUACAAAAUCUAAACGCAUAAGCGUUGAUGAACAAAAACUGAGCACAGAAUACUCAAAAGUUAAGCUUAUCCAUAUGAAUAUCGAUGGUGAUGGCAUAGAUCUAGCGGAAGCCAUGGAUACAGCUCAGUCGGAAGAAGAAGACGAUGCAAAGUUAUGUAUUGAUAUGCAGGAAGAAAAAAUGUUGACUUCAGACAUGGAGAUCAUUGAAAAUAUAGAAGACGAUGAAGUUGUUGCAAAGAUUGAUGCCGAGUUGAAGUUAUAUGAUGAUUUAGAGAAGAGCAAGAUUCUCGAUCAAAAACUAAAUACUGAUGCGGUUACCGCUGACGAAGAUGAAGAGCAUAAAAAGAUCAAAUUGUCUGUUGAAGAUGACAAUAUCAAAUCAAAUCGGAUGCCUGAAGAUCAAAAAGAUUCCAUAAGCAUAAGCACGACUGAAAUCUGUAAUAAAAGUGAGAUUACACCCACUGUAGUAGUAAAACUUCCGGAUGAUGCGAACGAUAUUGAGAAUAUGGAACCAAAUAGUUCUGAUGAAGCAGACAAAGAAACAGCAGUCUCGUCAACAACCGAAUCGCCUACGAAAUCAACUGCUACACAUAAAGAGGAUGAUACCACAUCAAUGAAAUCAGGUCAAUCCACUGAUGGCAGCUCGUGGGUUACACUCGACCUCGAGCACGAUGAAGAGUCUCUUCGUCAAAAGGAAAAACAUUUACAAAACCUCGGAUUGUUGACUCAUGAAGCGGCUGAAAAGCGGCGGCAAGAAUUCAUUCAAAAUUCGGUGGCAGCAGAAGCUACUCGUGUACAGCACCAAAACACCAUUGGUAAUAGUAGUAAACGCAAUGGCAAAUCCAAUACCAAUGCAUCGUUGACUCACGAAUACACUGGCACGCUAAAAACUGUUAUUAAAAUAAAUCGUACCACAAGUGGUGGCAGUCAUACUUCGUCCUCGGGCACUAGUAAUGGACGUAAAAACAAUAGUAAUGGCGGUCAGCAUAGUGCAACAAACGCUGGCAGCUCGACAUCAAGAGACGCGGCUAAUGGUAGCACGGUGCGAAGACAAUCUUUGAAAAUUACAUUCCAAAAAGGUCGUGGGCGCGGCCAAGGAAACACCGAUCGUGCUGCAGACCACCACAGCAAUGGCGAGGAUGCAUAUUAUACCAUACAAAAUGAGAACGAAGGUGGGCUCAAAGCAGGCAACGCCGGUUCUACGGCGGAGCAUACCAAUAGUCAAACGCAUGGUAGAAAAUCAUACAAUCGCUCUAACACUACUAGCCAUUCUACAAAUACCGCUACCAUUGAUUCCUCACAUUCGGAAGGUUACGACACUUUACACCAUCAUCACACCACGGCAAGCAUUUCUCAUAAAAAAGAUGAAAAAGAAGAAAUCCUCAUACCUGAAAAAGCAUCGUCAUUCAAAUUUCAUCCUGGACGCCUUUGUGAUGACCAAUGUUUCUACUGUAGCGGUAAAUUUGGACUUUAUGAUACGCCCUGUCAUGUGGGUCAAAUUAAAACAGCGGAGCGGCAGCAAAAAAUACUUGCGAAUGAAGAAAAACUAACAGUUGACAGUUGCUUGUGUGAUGCUUGCUUCCGGCAUGUGGACAGACGUGCAAACGUGCCAUCAUAUAAGAAGCGUACAUCCGUUGUCAGUCAUAUUGAUAAUACUGCUGCAGCAACAGGUGCUGAAACUGCCGACAACGCUGUGACUGAAGUCGAAGAUGACCCUCGUUCACAUAAGUGUUUAGUGCCAGAAUGUGCUAAUCCCGCAGCACAUUCCUUGCGCCGCAAAUGCAUAAGGAAAAGUGUGAAAAAAUUUCUGCUAAAUUUCGACAUGCCAACCGGUUCAACUUGUGUAUGGCUCUGUCAGGCGCACUACGACACCGUCAUACAAUGUUCGGGUUGUGUUUUGUGUAAACGUCGGUUGGGCAAGAAUCAUAUGUAUCACAUAACGUCGGACACUGAUCGUCUCGAGAAAGCUCUAUCGGAGAUGGGUAUUCCUGUACAGCUGGGUAUUGGCACAGCUGUAUGCAAGCUAUGCCGUUAUUUUGCAAAUCUAUUAAUGAAACCACCAGAAAGUAACAAAUCGCAAAAGGCAGAGUUCGUGAAAAAUUAUCGCAAACGCCUUUUGCAAUUUCAUAAUAUACACGACGGCAGUAAUGAUGCCUCCGAAGUCGAUGAUGAAGACAUCAAUAUUUCAAAUUUGAGUCACAGUGAUGUAGAUAAGACGCUCCAAAGCAGCGGCAAAACACCUCAAAAACAAGAUAAAACCGAUACUUCCAUAGUACUUGAAGUGACACCCAUUAAGAACUUACCAUCGCCGGCCGAGUCCAGUGGUUCCUCAAUUGAGUGCUUGGGUGAGGCAACGACAUUGGUAAUCGCUAGCGAUGAGAAUAUUGACACCGCAAAGAAGGCUCAGCAAAAACACAUGUUACAUGCCAACGAUGGCUUGACGGAUUAUGAUGGGCCAGCCACCUUAUCGACAGAUUCCAAUUCAUCCAGCGCGCCAAUGUCUCCAACACAUAGCGGCGCUUCUGGUAAACAACAAAUGUCUAAACUAAAGGCUAUCUUGCAGAGCAGCAAUAGCAGUUCGAGUGUGAAAACUUCAACAUCAUCAUCAAGCGUUGCGAGUGCCGCUGCUAACGAUAUUUCAAAUGUAUUACGUGCCAAUCCCAAUAUUUCCAUGCGUGAACUCUUUCCAGGGGAAGAAGAUCUCGGACUGCAUUUCAAAGUGCCUUUUGGCAGCAGCACAAGUCAACGUACACCGGAGGGCUGGACACGUGUACAAACAUUUUUGCAAUACGAUGAAGCCACUCGUCGUUUGUGGGAGGACUUGCAAAAACCAUAUGGCAAUCAAAGCUCAUUCUUACGUCAUUUGAUACUUUUGGAAAAGUACUACCGCAACGGCGAUUUGGUUCUAUCACCAAACGCGUCCUCAAACGCCAGUGUCUACACACAGACGGUGCGACAGCGACUCACUUCAUAUGAUCAAGGUCACUGCGGUGGCCUAGUGAGUGCCAAACCCAGUCCGCCUUCUAGUAAGCGCAGCAGUACCGACAUUCCUACGGUAGAAAUCACUGAAGAUGAUGACGAACCAAAAGAUAGUAUCUCAAAAGAAAGCAAAGUUCAACAAAUGGACGUGGAUAUUGUUGCACGAGAAAUGCCCAAUGCAAUGCGUCCUAAGCGCUCGCGCAGUGAUUCUGUAGACAAGCUGACGAAACAGUUGAGCUCAAAUGCUGUAACCAUAAUUGCCCGUCCCAAACCACAUACUACAUCAGCUGGUGAUCCGUCGCCGCAAAAAUCUCUUUUAAAGGAGAAAUCUAAUGAUUCGAAUGCGGUAGCUUCGACUACACUGACUGUUGUAAGUGGCAGUAACAGUGGCAGCACAAGUAGUAACAGCGGCAGUGCAGCGAGUAAUAGUCGCAGCAUACUGAAAACCAAUCUUCUUGGAAUGAAUAAGGCUGUGGAAAUACUGCCUAUAUCAGCUUCAAGCAACGCUUCAGUCGCCAAUCUAGCUACUACAUCCAGUGUAAAACCACAAGGUGGUCACAACAACAGUAGUGGCCAAAAGAUACUAGAUUUGGCCAACAAACUAUUGGACAAUCGCAACGAGACGGAGCAAGCUAAAAAUAACGCUGGCACAUCAUUACUAACAUCACCUCCAGAACUAGUAAGUUUACAGCGACGUGCAGCGAGCGGUGCUGCCACAAGCAACAGUUCCACUACCGUCACAAGCGCUCCAACUCUGCCCACAACUGUCUCUUCACUCACAGCCAGUCUUAUAAAUUACAAGCGCACACCAGCGGCAACAAAGAGCUCGAAUGAAAGUAAUAGUGCACCGCAUCGCCCACCACCGCCGAAUGUUGUUAUACUUCCAGAUACUUUGACUGCACGCGAGCGACAGCAGCGCAAUUGGCGUCCGACUCUAAUGCCAGUAGAGGAAAAUUUGCAUUUAAUUGACAAAGCCGGUCCACUUUACCAAACUGCAGAUGGACGCCGGCUGCCAGCGUUGGUACAAGUACUAUCGGGUGGUAAACCAUUCCUCAUUUCAAUAUUCGAUUACAAUCGUAUGUGCAUACUAAGACGCGAAAAAUUAUUACGUGAUCAGAUGUUGAAGACUGGCAAAAAUCCCCAUGACGCCAAGCCACCGCAAACACAACAGCAGCAGCAGCAGCAACAACAACAUGCUCCAAAAAUGGCAACAGCACCAAAUGUGCAAGCAACAAACUUUAGUAAGCAUGCAUCUAAACAACAGCAGCAACAACACCACCACCACAAUCAACAGCAGCAGCAACAACAACAGCAGCAGCAGCAGCAACAACAACAACAACAUCAUCAAGCGGCACAACAACAACUGAUGCAGCUACAAAUGAUGCAAUUGCAAAAACAGGCUGUCAUGAAAGCCCCCAAUCGCUACUCAACAAUCGCACCAAAACCCACAGCAACAGCAACAUCUCUUAAUGGUGGAAAUGGCCUAGCAGCAAAUGCCCAUACUGCCACCACAAAUGUUAAUGUAGCCCACACGAAUAGCAAUAUCUUUACCUCACCCAUGUUGCCAUUGCUUACCAAUGCCUUCACAAAUCCGAAUCCCAAUCCAUUAGCAGCUGCUGCCGCCGCCGCUGCUAAACUCAACAACAACGCUUGGUUGUGGAACUUCCCAGAAUCAGCACAUAUGCUUAACGGCAACAUGGUAGCUGCACAAAAUGUGCCCAAAUUGCCGCAGCUUCUGCACAAGGGUCUGCCAAUGGGCAGUGCUGGCAAUAUUGCAGCGACAAUUACAUCCAAACAACAACAACAGCAGCAGCAGCUUCAUCAACAACAACAAAUGCUAAUUGAUAAUAACUUGAUGUCCAAAAUACCAAAAACCCUAACUGUUAUACCACAGCAUAAGCUGAUGGGCAACAGCAGUGCGACAGCCAAUGUAAGUCAUAAAGAGUGAUGACGACUUAACUGCUAUGCAAGCGUGAAAGGGCGUAGAGAACGUAGACAACGCCGAUUAUACGGCGCAUGGUUGAGUAGUUGAAGGGUGUUGUGAGUGAGUGAACUAGUGGAUGAGUGGAUGAGCGCGAAUGUAUAUGAUAUCGGUGAGAUGUUAAAUGUGCAAGGUGGCUAGUGCCUAACAGGGCUGAACUUACAACAUAUGAAUUUCCUUGUGGUCAUGCUCUAACAGAACAUUCAUAAUAUGCAAAAUUACUUUUGGUAUAUACAUACAUUAUUACAAACUAAGCAUAAGAUGUAGUUUCUGAGGCAUAUGAAUACUUUAUCGUUAUUACACCUAAGCCGAUGGCAAUUAAUAAUAUUCAUUUGAGGUCAUAUCAGCUAGAGAAAACGAUAUAAUUAAAAAAUGAAGUAAAUACUUUAAUUUUACUAUUGGUUUACUUGAAUUAAUUAAACUCUAGAAUCCCAAUAAUAAUACUUGUUAAACAUGUAAAAAUUACUGAUAAGACUCGAUGUAGGUUUCAGACAAUUUAACUUAACUAUUAAUCUUGCUAAUUGAGCAAUAUCUUUAGCUGCUAUAAAUAUCAUCGGGGAUGUAUGUUUUAUUUCGCCUUAAAUAUUUUGGUUUGAUCCAUUCUUUUCGCUUUUCAUUGAAAGAAUAUAAAGAAAUCAUCAUAUUGACAAUCAUAAACUCAAAUGAAUAUGUAGAUACAUACUUACUUGCAUAGCAAGCAAAAUCUAGUUACGUAGCAUCAGUCGAAGAAUUUAAUAUGUCGCUCUACUCAUUGCUGAAAUGGCCAAUCGAAUUUUGAGUAUAUACAUAGUUUCCCUCGGCGUUGGUGCACUUCUCAUUGCUUAGUAUGUAAAUACCAAUAACAAUAUUUUUGUUAACAAAUAUAAAUAAAAGUGUCUGUACGUACAUACAUGCAUAUCGCAUAUAUCUUUAUAGAUCCGUUAAAAAGUUGUUAAACAGUUACAAUAGAUCAAACAAUUGCACUAUUUUUCCGAAAGCAGAGCGAUCACACAACCGGAAUAUUUGGUCUAAACUCUUUUGCUAUGUUAUACGAAGUAUUUACGAAGGCAAAAUAAACCUUCACAUACAUACAUAUGUGUAUAUCAUAUUUUCCAGAAGAGAUUCGAUAAUAUGUUAAGCGGUUAUUUAUCAGGGAGAAUUUUAUGCAUAACAAUUAUUAUAUAUUACACUUCACAAACUUAUGCAAAACAUAAAGCAGAGUGUUACACCAAUUUAAAUAAGAAUAUACCUUUUAAUCAUAUCUGCAUAUAUUACAUAUAUUAGUACUAAGUAUUACAUAGUAAUACGUAAAAGGAAACAUUAAAUUGCAUAGAAAUGUAUAAAGAAAAAUAAAAAAUAAAAUGAUUAUGAUAGUGAUAGAACAAAAAUAUUUACUAUAAUAAAAAAAUAAUGUAAACUAGUUAAGCGCAUUAUAAUAUCUGCAAAUUAACGUAGGAAUAAAUAUAUUUUAGUAGCGACAUGCAAGGCGAAAGCGAUCCCUCUAUUAGGCAAUAAUAAUAAUAAUAGUAAUACAACAAAAAUGUUAAAUAUAUGUUUAGUAGUAGUAUGUAAAAGCAAAGCGUACAUAACGCAUGAAGUGAAAUCUAACCUCAACAAACGCCCUUACAGAACUUUAGACUAGUGAAUAAAUAAAACA